CAACUCACAGACUCCUAUAUACUGGGCGGCGCUGGGAGCCGCGACUUUAUGCAGUCAUGUGCCACGGGAAGGCCCGGGGAACAGUUUGAAACCGGUGUGGACAAGCGACCCGAGCCUCAACCACCGAUUACCGCGACGACAGUGUCGAAGCUCUACAGUCCCGCGUGUGCUACAGUGCAACCAGUGAUGGUGAAAGCAUCAGAAAAGGUUGCACCGCUCUGCUUACCUGAGGUCGAUUCUCCUAUCGAGAACAGCGACAGUUCCCCGCUGGCAGACACCAAAUGA